CACACACACGCACGCACGCACGCACACAAAACACCCUGGCUGUGCAAUCAUCAUGGGCGCACUCAUUACAAAACCGUUUAAGAAAGCUGCAGAGAGAUUUGGCAAGCAACUUGUCCAAAAAACAAUCGAUGCGAAGUUAGCGCCGGGAAAUGGCAGAGAAAGACUAACUAUGGAGCUUGCCGGAAAGGGUUAUGAUUUAAUGAUGAAGAACGCCAAAACUAAUCGUCAAAAAAAGGAACCGAGGCGCUCGGAGGACGGACGUGAGAAGACGAGAGAGAGAAACUUGAACGCCGAUGUACGUUGAGCGCUUCCAUACUUACACGCCCCGAUGCUGACUCUUGCACCGAAGAACCCCUAUUACAAGGAAGGAAGAAGCUGUUGUAGGAGGCGUAAAGAGCGCGACUACCCAGAAUUCAUACAUCCUAAAGAUGAGGAGAUCCUCAAGUAUAUCCGGCACAGAGCCUAUAUAUGGGACAUGUGGAUUCAUAUUCCAUGCACUGGCGGCUUCACCUUCGGCCUUUCUCCUAUAUUCGCUCUCAUUCCCAUGUGAGUAUUUCCAGCCUAUUUCACAAGGCAUCUUGUCACAUUUGGAGAAAGCAGCUAGCUGACAGGUACUUGAUUCCUAGUGUCGGUGACCUUGGCGACCUGUGGAUGGCAUACAAGCUGAUUACGAAGGCGGGAGGCCUGGUGGACGGUCUGCCGUGGGAGCUCCGGGGAAUGAUGGUGGCCAAUGUGGUGUUUGACUUCGCAAUAAGUUUCUUCCCCGUCUUAGGCGCUUUCGCCGGUGCGGUAUGCCGUGCAAACACGAGGAAUGCCUGGCUUGUUGACUCAUAUCUUCGGUUCCUUAGGUGCUCGUCGGAGCUUUAGCAGGCCGCGUAGCAACGAACGAUGCUUCCGCGUCUUAUUCCAUAUGAGGGCAGGACGUUUUGCCAGUCUGCAAGGAGCAUGCUUGGUAGUUAAAGUGUGGACUUGAGGAAUAUCCGCCGAAGGUCUUCCAAUGGCAUCGAUGUGAUCGAGCCAUAGUGGAGCCUGGGGGUAGCUUGGGAGCGCUUCGCCUCGCGGACUCGGGGAUAGCCGGAUCUGAUAAGGGGCGACACGACGACGAGUGGAUAUCUGAGGGUUCGGAUUGCUAGGGAUGGUGGAGGCAGGCGGGGGGGCUGGUGUUGACCGUGUUCGGUGCCUGGACGAUGAGCACAGACCGAGUCGCGUCCAAACGCGAAAAAAAACGGGCGCCGAGAUUUAUUUUAGUUAGUGGGACCACGUGCUGACGUGCAGCAUUUAAGAGAAAUCGC